AUGCCGUCCACUGCUAUCACCGCCAUUUAUUCUAUAGAUUCUCUGUUGAAAUGGUGCAACGUAGUUUCAUCGGGUCGCAUUUGCACGUGGGUACGUCGAUUUGUUCUCUUGUUUCAAUCAAAAUUCAAACCCAUCUCCCCGCCUACUUAUUCUGCUCUGUCCACGGCUGUCAAGCAACGGUUCUCAAUCGAACUAAGGCCGGAUCCGGCCUGGAGGCGACGUCACUUGACAAUAAGGACACUCGUUAAGAACACGACAGUUGACUGUGUUACACCGUCACGCUGGCUCCCCUCUACACAGCAUCACACUACGAAGACGGACGCUGUUGAUGAUGAUGGCCAGUCUCUUGCAACUACUACAACUGCUAUUACUACACAUCGGAGUCGCCCGACCCUUGUAACUCGCAACGUGCGACCGCGCCCUGGCACGUCCCCUGCUGCGGGCAGCGGACGCAUGCAGAACUUUAACGGCAGCCCAGCCAUACGCGACCGAGUCCAGCUGAGAGGCGAAAACAAUGGCAUCAAUAACUUUGUGUCCCGUCGUCGCUUGGUUCUUUCUUCUUUCCCAGUAAACUGGUUUCUUAUCAAUCGUAUAUUAUCUAAUAAUAAUACUUUCUUUUUUAUCUAUCUAUCUAUCUAUCUAUCUAUCUAUCUAUCUAUCUAUCUAUCUAUAUAUGAUUAUUUUAUUCUUUUCUUUCGCAAAGACGCCUGUUCGAUUUAG